AUGAUCGGUGUUUUUCUCGUUUUUCUGUCUCAGAUCUCAUUAGCUUUAGCUUCUUCGCCUCAAACAAUAUUCUGUCUCAUACAUACUGCAACACCGAGCCAUGAAACACGAGCAAAAACCAUCCUGGAGACAUGGGCGCAGUAUUGUGAUGACUAUUUAUUUUUCACCGACUCUAAAAUGAACAGCUCCAUACCUCAUAUCUACUAUCCACUUUUAAAUUCUAGAGAUCACUCAUGGGAAAAGAUUCGGAGGGUUUUCAAAUAUGUACAUGAUAAGAUCGAGAAAAAAUACGACUGGUACUAUCGAGCAGACGAUGACACAUACGCACUCAUGCAUAAUAUGCGAACGCUUCUCGCCAAUUAUACGUCUUCGAAACAGCAUUAUCUGGGGCUGCGGUGGAAUUUUUUCGCAUCUCGAGGAUUCAAUGAUGGAUCAUCGUAUAUCCUAUCACGACCGACAGUGGAAGCAUUUAAUGAGGUGAUGCUGGAUCCUGAUAGGUGUCCUGAUCAUCACAGAGCAGAGGAAGAUCAAGAGCUAUUUUCAGUUAGCUAA